AUGGAAACAAUUCCAUCAGAGAUUUUUUUAGAAAUCUGUAGUCAAUUAUAUGUAAAAGAUCUUUAUACAUUAACCCUCGUAUGCAGAUCAUAUCGUAAAGUUUUAUGGUCAAAAACCAUUUCAAUACAAAAAAUUUGGACAUGUUCCAGAGUACUUUCAUUUGAUACUUAUUUACCUUAUCCUACAUUACUACCACCAAAAUCGAUGAGUGAACAAGAAUAUAUUUGGUUUACUAUGCUGGCUGAUAAAUGUAGUAUUUGUAAAACCAAGAUUGAAAAGCAAGAGUUAUUCGUUUGUAGAUAUUGGGAAUUUGGCAGGAUUUGUUGUAAGGAAUGCAUUGAAAAGAAAACCAUCAAUGUCCCAUUUGUUACAAUUUUUCCAAAUACAAGAAAAGUCCAAAAUUCUUUGCCAAAAGAUUUGUUAGAAUGUAUGCCAUAUCACGAAAGGCAUGUAUUUAAUUUAGGAGAUGAAAGACUUUAUUGGGCCGAUGAUUUGCAAUCAAUUCAAUCAAAAUAUUAUGCUUUUGAAAAUGAACAACAGAGAGAUAAUUGGGUUAAAGAGAAACGAGAGGAAGUAAGAAGGUAA